GAUCGGCAUUGAGAGAUAACGUGAACUUUAGUUCGCAGACCGCGCUGCAGCUGUACUGCACCAUGGUGUCCUUGUUUGCGUCAAACACCUUCUCAUCUCAUUUUGUUUUUCUCGAUUUUCCUGGUUCGCAGUCCUUGCAGCAGCUGUGCUGCAUCAUGGUUUCCUUGUUUGCAUCAAAGUUGCAGUGCCAUGUUGAAUGUGCGGUGUUGCGGGUCGAUGAUAUGAUUCCUUCGGCUGCAAGCGCACACUGCGUUACAUGUGUCGCGCGUUUCCCUUGUCUCGCUUCAACCUGCAAAGCCUUUGCUCUGUGGUGUCACAAUGACCGUGUAGUGAUGGGGACAUCCUGCCUACGGCUCCGACAGCUCUGGUGUGUGUGCAAGCGCCUGCGCAAAGUGGUGCAGAUCGUUGCCAGCGGCCGCGCUUUUGCCGCAGUGACAUCAUACGGAUCUGUUGUUACCUGGGGCUUGCCGAAGAUGGUUGCUGACAGGGCAAUGGUACGGCAGCAGCUCUAUGAUGUGAGAAGCGUGACUGCAGCUGCCCAGGGCGCAUUUGCCGCCCUUCGUCAUGAUGUGUCUGUCACAUGGCCGGAUGCGCCAGAGGAAGCUUCUUUGUCCAAAAGUUGCGUGGUUGGGAUGGUGUGCCUAGGGAAGGUGAUUCAAGCCAGCAAGGUUGAAAACCCAUGGGUCUGUGCCUCCUUGCCGUUGGUCCCCGAGAUUGUUGCCAUAGAGUUCAGAUCCCCAGUUCGAUGGGAAAAGGGGAAGCAAGUUGUCUGGCAUGUCAAAGAAGGAGAGAUGCAAGGGAAGCUGAAGGAAGCAACCGCCUCUGGGAUUCCUUGUGGCCAACUGCAGAAAAUGAGGGACCCGCUGCCAAGCGCCAGAAGCUCACGCAGCCGCCUUGGAAAAGCAAGAAGCGGAAGCGCCGUUCUGACGCUGGGAACACCGGCAGUCCGGCUCAAGUUUCCUUCACAGCAUCCAAGCGUCGCCGGCUGCUUCUUCGCAGCCCUUUGCAAAAGCCGAAGUUGGCAAAAGCAUCAGCAUCAGAAGCCUUGCAGGCCAGCACAAGCCCGCAGAGGGGACCUGACCGUUGCAGUCUUGCCCAACGGGUGGCAGCAGGAAGGCUUGCCGUUCCAGAAGCAACCGGGGGAAACACAAGGAGAUCAAGGCAGAGCUUUGCGCGAGAAUGCAGCUUUGGCAGCUCGCUGGCAGGCUGGCAAUGCAGAGCUAGGUUUGGCCACUUCAUGCACAGUUGAUCACUCGGUGCGAUCCGUUGUGCCAGUGCGUUUGCGGGCGCACCUGGCCGAACGAGCUGCUUCAGGUAUUACCCAUCACGCGGCCCCACGCGCAGAUGAGAGCCGUUCCUUUUGGAUUCCGCGGUCUGGAGAUGGCAGCGGCCGGGCAGAUGUGCAGCGGAUUCGCUUGCUCUACAAACGUGAUUUACACGGAGAUGAUGGGCUCGUUAUAGUUUCCUGUGACGAGGAGGAUGUCAUCUCCCCGCAGCAUGCUCCACCAAACGUAUGUAGACGCUGGCGUUCAGGUGCAUUAGAGCCCAUUGCGGGUGUUGAAGUUGACCUUGCAUUGCCGCGGGCGCUGGAUGAGCAAAAUGUUCGUCUCUUGCUUGUCUAUACUGGAGUUAGUUUGCUAGAGAUGGCCACGUGUGAAGUUUGUGGAGAUGGUUUCGCAGACGAUGCGGAAAAACACUUGUGCUCCCCGAGCCGAGACUCUUGCUCGCACGUGUGCCACGCGGAUUGCUUGCAGCAAUACCGAUUAAAGCAGGGCUGCCCUAUGCAUGACUGCCCAUUCUGUCUUCAGAAUGAAGAUUCCCAGGAAGAGGCUGAUGAUGCCGCUUUGCAAGAGAUGGAGAUUGAGGCAGCAAUGGAAGCAGAGGCUGUGGCUGAGGGGGUAAAAAGAAAGACCAGAGAAGAGGCAGCUUCGCCUGUCCGUGCGGGUGGGGGCCCAGCGGGCAAGAAGUUAGCAACCAACGCAAGCCCGCCAGCAGGACAACGCAGCCCAGUGCCGCCCACCCAAAGGUCCCCAAGCCCAGAAAGCCCUCCCUUCACACAGGGUGGAAGUGAAGCAGCCCGCUUGUCCAUUCCAAGCUUUGGGAUUGACAUCUACGACGACCUGGUCGGACCAGCAAGGGACCACCACGCUGUGGCAUCAGACUUUGCCUUCAGAACUCGAGAAGUGCUGCCCGUGCCUUUCGAAGUCAGCUUGAGAACCAUUGCCCGCAAGGAAGGCACGCGGCUUCGAUUGCAGCCUGAUGAGGAGCACCGACGUGGCUGCGUAGUCCAGAUUGUUUGCGCAGGUCUGCAUUACGGCAACAAAGAAAAGAUGUGCACUUGGCUGAACUGCGAAGAUGACAAGACAGUCACUGGAGAUGGUGCCACGGCGCUGACUCAUUACACCUUCGUUCACCAAGUGUAUGGACAGGUGUCGCUUUGUGAGUAUGUGCUCCAGCCGACUGCAAGCAUGUUUUGCAAGAGAAUCCAUGCGACGUGGCAAACAAGGCCAGUGACAAGUGACCCUGAUCAGCAGAGCCAGUCCAGCAAAGAGUUCCUGAUUGACUUCUUUGGUUGGAUGGGGCGCGUGGCAAGCAACCAGGACAAAGACCACUAUUUUGACAAGUUCGCCUUGCCCGUGCUCAGGAAGGCUUUGCAGGGCCCGAGCGCGUUGGCCCUUGAUAGGAUCAUAGAUGAGUUUGCCGUUGAGAUGACCAUCUUCGAUUUGGGACAUGCCUUGCAUAUCUGGCGUCGCCAAAUGUGCUUGUGGUUUGCCUUCUAUCGCUCCAAGCAAGUCCAAGCCUUGGUAGACCCCAAAGCAGUGCCAGAUGUCAAGCCCCCAGGACUUGCAGAUUUGGAUGCCAAGAUGAAAUUGCAGCGAGUCAUUCUGUCCAAUCCUCGAUGUGUUGGUCCAACCUCCACUGCGCACAUUCGCUCUGUUCUGAAUUACCACUUUCAGAAGGAGAAAGAGGAAAAACCAGCAAAGUUCGUCUUGGCAGCAGUCAAAGACCUCUUGAAAGUUGGCAUCUUGCAAGAGGUUGACAAGAAGGAAGUGGAAGAACAGGCGCCCAAACUUAAGGACAAGAAAAGCGCCAAGAGCAAGGAGGCCACGCUAAAGAGCGAGCCACGAGGCCCGCCAGGUGGCCACGCUGUCCUGUACUACCAGACAUGUGCCUGGGAGGGCCUUUUGACUAAUUCGGAAGCUCAAGACAUGAUUGCCAAGCUUCAACUGAGUGCCGAUGCUAAGUGGCACCAUGACAAUGGCUUCUACCUUAGGGAUUCAGCAGAUGCUGAUGCCAGCAUGCGUGAUGUUG